CAAUUCGCGUCAACGCUAGCUCUCAAGCGAUAUCUGGUGCCUUCUGACCCCCCCCCCCCCCCCCAAUAAAUGUCACUCAUGACCCCGAGUUCGCCCCACCAUCGCACGACCACCUCUCCACUACCAUCACCGACCACGUCGAGCCCACGUUUAGAGGAAAACCUCAGCAAUCAACUGGGCAUAACUUAUCCCGUAGAAAUGUCUGGCGCAGUCUGUAACCGCGUUGUACGGUUCGACUCUGAAUGCGUCCUGAUACCGGAACUAAACAAGUCCAGGAAACCGUUAAUGAUAACCAAGUCAUAUGCAAUACCACUAUGGAAGAGGAGAACCAUACCUGGAGAGUCGGAGGAAAUGCAGGUUUCGCCGUCAUCGAGUCCAACAAUGGGCGGUGUGGUUUUCAAGUUGCCAUUGCCUAGCUUCAUGGCAAAGGCUGCUCGCUCACCCAGCAGAACCAGAGAAUGCUCACGGCCUCCAUGCCUGGUCAAUACUGACGUCUCACAAGCACAUUCCCUCAAUUAUACACGGCAACCCAGACUCUCAAAUCCUACUUCACCCCCGAAUGUGUUACCAAAUCCUAUUCUUGUCGUUGAUACACACCAUCAACUUCAUUCGAACCAAUCAUCUGCUCUAAGCAUAUCGCCUUCACCGUCAAGCUCAGCAUCGUCAGAAUCUGGCUCUAACGGAGGUGGUCCCGGAUCUAGAUCCCCAAUAAACCGUUCACCUACGGUUUCUUAUACCACGCCUGCUGGGCUCUCCGCCACAACUACUGCCGACAGUCCGACUUUGGGACCACCACCACGGGAGAGACAGGGAAAAGAUAAGGACAAGGACCGAGAACGGGAGAAGGAGAAGGAUAGAAUUAUUACCAUUCCAUUGCGUGCCUGUUGCCCAGACUGUUUCCCGAUCACCGAGGAAUGUGUACGCAAUGGCGACCAAUGGAAGGAACGGUUUUCGAAGGGAGCUAGAAGAAGAAGAGGCAGUAGUGUUAGCUCGAGUGAAGGAGGGGAUGAUUUGGGGAUGUUCAGCCCUAUGGCAAGCUACAAACCUCUACAGGAGGGCCAGCAGGAGAAGAACAAGGUUGAGGAUAAGUCUAAUCCUAACUCAAACCCUCGAGACGGGCUUGCCUCUAAUUCUUCGACCUCGGCGGUUGUUGACGACGACGACACGGAGGAAGACGUCAUGUCUUCCUUAUCUCUUGCAGUCCGGGUUGAUGAGGUUGACUGUAUGCAAGGGAGCACUCUCGGGAGAUUGAAGAGACAGCCUAGUCUUGAUCCAAUGGACACAGAAGACGAUGAACUAUCAUCAAAUCCUCACACGCGUGAGAGGGAUGUUUCAUCUUCUUCUGUCGGUAGUUCUUUCUCGACAUUUUCUACAAUGUCAGGAGUCUCCUCUGCUACUUCGAAUGCAGGAGAUGGAGAGUCAUUUCCACUCAAGUCUACAUCUACAUGCGAACCACCGGCCCCCCUUCGAGGACCCAACAUCCAACCGCUACCUUCCACCUCGAUAACACCUCCCUCAUCGUAUACAAAGGUUACUCGCGGUAACCGGCGGCAGAAACCUUCUACUCCCAUAAAGGAGGAUGAAGAACCCUCAGAGGAGAGAUGUGAAGGGUCUUCUCGGGACAGAGAGCGAGGAAGAAGAAGGCGAGAACAUCAAAGACUCAAGGCGUUGAAGACUCAUGACCUCUAUGCAAACGAUGACGACCUGAACAUGUUGUUCCCGUUACCUAGUCCGAGAAGGUCGCCUAGUACUUCGCCUCUAAGUGCGUAACAAUCAAUCUUUAUUGAUUAUUCGGUUUACUGAACGAGAUCUUCUUUUCUGGUGGCUCUUUCUUCUUCAGACACACCACGAGACUCUGCCACGCCUACGAAUGGUGGAAGUGCGACUCCAUCGCCGAACCCGAGCCCCACACCUUCCUCGAGCGCGGUACAUCUCGUGACCAUGAAUGUGCCCAAAACGCGGUCCAAGUUAGGUAUCAAUGGGCCCGAGGAUGCCGCGCUUGGUUUUGGGGAGGAAUUCGAAGAGAAAGAUAAAGCGAGGGGGGAGGAAAUACCAGAUUUCGACGAGGCGAGAAGGGAUCGAUCCGUUCUUCCUCGGUCGAUAAAACGAAAGGAAAAGGAGACGGUUCCCCCGAGUAUAGCUAAAGCCGCCGAAAUAGCAUUGGCUGACCAAAGCACUUGCAGCGGGACCGGAAGCGAUCGUGUCUCUCCUUCCAGAUUAACUGAAGAGGACGAAUGGGUAAAACUCAACCCUAGUGGUCAUUCAAAGGCUGCUAGUGACUCCGCGGUUGGGAGUGUGAAGGGGCAGAAGAUUUUGCCGAUGAUACCCUCGUUUUUACCGCCGUCGUCGACGAUACAAGAAGAACAGUGGGCAACGAGUUCUUUACAGAUCCCUUCGAAAUCCCGUGCCCACGCGAACGCGUCGCCGUCACCGCCGCCACCUCCAUCUGCAACUCCUCGUCGACCGAAACAACAAAGAAGGUCGUCUUUACGGGCCGGUGCAUUUUUGGACAUAUUCAGGAGCGUUCCUGGGCUCACACCCUGAAUAUUUUUCACGCAAACCUCUCUGCUUUCUUACUCUAGCGAUACAUUGUACACACGCUCUUUCUACUUCAUCCUCCCCCUCGUCUGUCAUUUUCGAUACCAUAUCGGUUAUGCUAGUCACAAAAUUCCCCCUCUGUUUGCUUUCUGUGUCCAUACUUGUUUGCUUUUGGCUUUCGUUAUACCCCCAUUGUCGUUUUUCGCUGUUGACUAAUUUGCAUUGUCCGUUUUCUUCUUUUUCUACGAUUCAAGUACAUACAACAUCUUGAAUCCAGUAAUUCGCAUCUGCUCUCGUUGAAACUCUGGGAGUGUCUUUUUUUUUUCGUUCCCUGUGUUUCUCGACCCGUCGUGAAUAUCUGUUCAGCGACGUAGGUGCGUGAGGCUAGGGGCGGCACAAAGCGCAGAGCGAGAUAAACCGCGACAAGAGCGAUGGCAGCAGUCAGUUGAAGAGAUAUGCCUUACCGUAGUCUUUUUCGCGAGCAUU